GUUGUGCCGCGUUCGCCACGAGCGUGCGUGCCGUGCUGCGUGCGCGCCCCCGUUGUGUUUACAGGAACGGAGCGGAGAGGAGCGGAGCGGAACACGACGGAGCGGAGCUCGUCCCCUGUGCGGGUUCUGCCCGGCGAAAAGGGAGGGAUGUACCGCGCGCUGUACGCGUUCCGCUCGGCGGAGCCCAACGCGCUGCCCUUCGCGGCCGGAGAGACCUUCCUCAUCCUGGAGAGGAGCAACCGCCACUGGUGGCUCGGCUCGCGCUGCAGCUCCGGCGAGACGGGCUACAUCCCGGCGUCCUACAUCGAGAGGAUCCAGGCUCCCGAGCAGGACGUGGUCCUGCAGUCCGUCGACCGCGCCAUCGAGGCCGUCCACAACGUGGCCAUGAAGAACGGGGGGAGGUACAACCUGGAACAGAGAGAUGUGUUGCAGAAGCUGAUCCACCACAGGAAGGAGACGCUGGCGCGACGCAGCCCCACCCCAGUCAACCGCAAGCAUACGCUGCCCGCGUCCACCAGCGACCUCUUAUUGAGCCACACCCCUCAGCCCCCGAAUGGACUGUCCCGGAGUUACGGGCGCCAGGCCAGCGAGCCGAUGCCCGAGAGCCCCGAGAGCCUGCAGAGAGAGCAGGGGCUCUACCAGGUUCCUCCUCAGCCCCGCCGUGCUGCACCCGUAACCCCGCCUCCCCCAGAGAAGCGCAGGGGCGCUCGACAACUGGAGCCAGAGGUGCCUUCGAGGACUUCCUCUAUUGGAGCAGGCCCCACCCCUUCCGCUAGUGUUGGCCCCACCCCUUCCGCUAGUGUUGGCCCCUCUCUGUCAGGCAGCUCUGCCUCCCUCGAUUCCAGUUCGUCUCACUCAGCCGUAUCCUCGGACCUCAGUCUCCCCAGUGUUUCCGGCACCCCUCCCCCAGUGCCCAGCCGUGUGAAAGCCCCUAUCCCAGCACCCCCUGCUGCUUGCUCCAGCCCCGAGGGCCCCUUUCCUCCUACCCAGCCCCCCCCCACUAAGAAAGGCCCAGCCCCCCAGCCACCUGCCUCAUCCCCGUCGAACCCCGAGGAGCAGUCGGAACCGAAGUGUGCCCUUGCCCCGCCCCCAGAAUCAGCCCACGCCAUCAGCGUUCCUUUGACGACGGGGGCGGAGCUCAUAGAGCUGGUGCGCAGGAACACCAACUUGAGCUACGAGCUGUCACGCGUUGCCGUCGGAGUGGUCGUGGGCCACCUGCAGACGGCCGUGCCGCAGGCCGCGAACGCUCUCGAGCAAGUGCUGCUCUCGUUGGUCGGGAGUAAGGACCUGAGUGCGGCGUUACCUCGAGGACAGGUGUGUCACGACGAGCAGCGGCUCGAGGUGAUCUUCGGCGACCUGGCGCGACACCAGGGGGACUCGCAGCAACGCAGCUGGGCUCUGUACGAGGACCACGGCCUGAUCGCGUGCUACCUGGAGGAGCUGGUGCAGAUUCUGACGGAUGCCGACCCCGAGGUGUGCAGGCGAAUGUGCAGGGCCAACCAGUUCGAGGCCGUGUUGUCUCUCGUCACCUACUACCAGAUGGAGCACCGCGUCUCCCUGAGGUUGCUGUUGCUGAAGGUGUUUGGUGCCAUGUGCAGCCUGGACCCAGCCCUCAUCUCCACCCUCCUCAACUCCAUCCUGCCCAUGGAGCUGGCCCGCGACCUGCACACUGACACCCAGGAGCACCAGAAGAUGUGCUACUCAGCCCUGGUUCUGUCCAUGAUCUUCUCCAUGGGGGAGCAGCUUCCGUUUCACCACUAUGAGCAGUUAAAUGAGAGCUUUGUGCUCUUCCUCCUGGAGGUCAUAGAAGACGGCCUGCCCUCUGACCCUACAGAGCAGCUGCCCGACCUGUUUGUAACACUGCUGCUGGCCUUCAACCUGCACUUUACAGUGCCGGACAAUAACGUCAUCAUGCAGACGCUCAUCAAGAGACACAACGCUAAGAUUCUGACAGAGAAGAUCCUGCUGCUGUUGAACCGAGGGGAUGACCCUGUGUGUGUGUUCACACACGCUCCGCCCGCCCCGCACGCUGUGCUCAAGUUCCUUCAGGACAUCUUUGCCAGCAGAGACUCCGCCCACAUCUUCUACCACACUGACAUGAUGGUGAUGAUCGAUAUCAUCGUACGCCAGAUUUCAGACCUCUCCCCUGGGGACAAGCUGCGCAUGGAGUACCUCAGCCUCAUGCAUGCAGUCAUCCGCUCCACAGAUUAUGCGGAGCACCGACACCGGCUGGACGACCUGCAGAGGGCGCUGCAGCGCAUCCUGGAUGAGGAGGAGGAGGAGGGGGGUGGGGAUGAGGGUGGAGCCACAGCCAGGCAGAUGGAUAAACUGAUAGUGCAGGAGAUCUACAGGGAGUUCCCUCUCAUUGGGCCAGGGGUGGAGUCUACUGAGUAGACUGAGUCCUCCCAUCCCACGGUAACCUUUGGUGUGUGUGUGUGUGUGUGUGUGUGUGUGUGUGUGUGUGUGUGUGUGUGUGUGUGUGUGUGAGUGCGAGAGAGAGAGAGCCAUGCACAGAGCUCUUUGGGAAACUGCUCACUAUUAAACCAUCUCAGUAUUAAAUAUCUCUCUCACACACACACACACAGCCUAACUAACAUAAGGUGCAACUACUUGUGUUCCACACACAGAUACACAUAGGUGUUCAUUGAACUGCACACCCCACACACACAAACACACACACAGAUUACUUAGAAAACAUACAACAUGUAAACAUGUGGUUGUACAGGACAGUGUGUAUGUGAGACUUUGCCCCCUGUGUGCAGCACUUGAACUAAAUAAAUAGAAAUAUAUUUUCCUGUUGAUUCGGUUGUGUGUAAAUGGAUUGUUUCCGGUGGGAAAUGUUAACAAAACGGUAUUUUCUUAAGGAAUAUGAAAGUAAUAAACAGCCCUGUGCUCCUG